GCGACAGGUCUCCAGUCAGACCGAGACAGACGCCAGACAAGCAGCCCGAGGACACGUUUGGUAUCCUGCAUCAUUUUAUUGCACCAAGAAGCGAUGUGCGACUCCACUGAGCGCCAUCACGGGCAUAAGAGGCCACUUCAGUGUCAGCGCUCUCACGUAGCCGAGGACGCAACCUUUGGUAUCCAAAUGAGCAAGGACGGUGGUGAAGGACUCCACUGUCAGUUGUGGAGUUGUGAAACACUAUGAAGGCAAAGGGUCCAGCAUCUCAUGGUCUCUGGGCGCCGCAGUGAGAGUCAUGGAUCACCUUUUCCGGAGGAAACGGGUCGGUCUGCUGAAACCCUUGCUGAGCCUGUCUCUAGUCUUUGCCUCUUUUCUCAUGAUCCACAAGCUGAAGACAGAGAAGGACGGAGUGGGGGUUAAACGAAUGAAGGAGUCCGGUUGGUGCGACUCCGAGUGUUUUUCAUUUAAGAAGGGAGUUGUGAAAAAUGGUUUGGGGAGCUCAGAGUCUCCAGUUGUUAGCAACGGACUGGAUGCGCAGCGGGUCUCCAACGGGACUCCGGCUUUCUGGGACGCUCAGGUUCUUAAUUGCAGUGAGGACGCGUCGGUGAGGAGCAAGGACUGGUUUCAGCGCUUGGACCCGAGAUUUCACCAGUUUGUUCUGCACAGACACUGCAGGUACUUUCCCAUGCUCAUCAACCACCCGGAGAAAUGCGCGAAUGGAGAGGUGCAACUCCUCAUGGUGGUCAAGUCCGUCAUCGAGCAGCACGACAGGCGGGAGGCUGUGCGUAAAACCUGGGGCAAGGAGCACACGGUGGAUGGGAAGAAAAUCAAAACUUUGUUUCUUUUGGGAAGCCCGACGAGUGGAAAAGACACCAAGAACCUCCAGAAACUGAUCGAGUACGAGGACAUGAUAUAUGGGGACAUCCUCCAGUGGGACUUCAUGGACACUUUCUUUAACCUGACCCUGAAAGAAGUCAACUUCCUCAAAUGGUUCAACAUAUACUGCUCCGGCGUACAGUUCAUAUUCAAAGGAGAUGAUGAUGUGUUUGUGAACACGGACAACCUGCUGCAGCUCAUCGGCUUCAGAGUGGAGGAGCGCAAAGACGCCGAGUUGUUUGUGGGGGACACCAUCUCCAAGGCGAUCCCCAUCCGAAACCGGCAGAGCAAAUACUACAUUCCCAAAGAGCUGUACGAUAAGCCAUAUCCCCCCUAUGUAGGAGGUGGGGGGUUUCUGAUGUCCUCCCAGCUGGCACGGAGGCUCUUCGUGGUCUCGGAGGACCUGGAGUUGUACCCCAUUGACGAUGUGUUUUUGGGAAUGUGCUUGCAGAAGCUUCACUUGGCCCCAGAGAUGCACCCGGGCUUCAGGACCUUCGGCAUCACCAGACGCAGGGUGAGCGCCAUGAACAGCGAGCCAUGCUUUUACAAAAACCUCAUCGUGGUGCACAAACUGAGCGUGCAGGAGCUGCUCAGGAUGUGGACCGUGGUGCACAACGAGGACUUGAUUUGCGCUCAAAAGGUCUCCAUGUGAUUGUCAUUGUAGGCAUUAUAAAAGGAAAGUAAAUGAACUGACAAAAGCUAAACUAAAUACACAGAAUACCUGUGUUUUUAAUUUAUCAAACUUGAUGAUCUUUACGCAUCUUUGCUGAACCUACUGAGUCAUGUAGUUCAGGGAGGGAUCGAGUAUG